GAGCGGGAGAAAAAAAACAUCACAGUACCACGAGAGACGGAGAGGCGCGGGACAGGAAGGAGGAGGGCGAUAUGGUACGAUAAAGAGGAAAACAGAAGUGAAAAAAAGUGUUGAUUUUCAAUUGCCAAAGGGAGAAAAAAAAACAAAAAAACACGGGACUGCAAUCGAUUCUUUAAAUUGGAAGUAACGCUUGCGACGACGAAGGAAUGAAGCUUAAGGCCUUGUUUGCUCCGGAGUCGGCGGAUGCGGCCCCAGAGAAAAGUGCUUCCUCCGACACUCCUCAGAGUCCUUUCGAACGAGUCCUGGACGAGGUCGGCGGCGAGGGUCGGUACCAAAUGCUCCUGCUGUUCGCCUACCUGCUUCCGCUCUCCUUCUACUCGCCCUUCGGCUCUUCUUCGCUCCUGCUGAUGAUGACCACGCCAGACCACUCCUGCAGCGUGCCGGGGCGCCCGUCCGACGUCGUCAGCGAGGAGGAGUGGCGCAACAUGACGAUUCCGUGGGAGGAUGGAGCCGAUGGGAAAUCACGGCUGAGCCAGUGCCAUAUGUACAACAUGACGUACAGCGACAUCCUGAGGCCGGGAACCUCCUACACUAUUGACAAUUCUACUAUCACUAAGUGUCAAUAUGGCUGGGACUACGACAGGAGUCGCUGGAGAGAGACCUCCGUCAGCUUCUUCAACCUCGUGUGCGACGACGCCUCCUCCGUGACCACCAUCUUUUCCCUCGCCGUCGCAGGAAACGCCCUCGGCACACUUCUACUCUCCAUCCUCUCCGACAGAAUAGGCCGACGACCCGUUUUCUUCCUCACCGUCCUUAUCAACUUUAGCUUUGGUCUCCUGAACAUGUUCGUCCCGACGAAAGAACUGUUCGCGGCAGCCAGGUUCCUCACCUGCCUCGCCUUCUUCAGCAUAUACCAGAUGCCCUACAUCAUAGUCGUGGAACUCAGCUCAGGGCAUCUUCGAGGGCUGACGGCGGCGCUGUCCUUCGUGGUCGGCACCGUGGGCAUGUGCUGCGUUCCCUUCGUUGCCUGGGUUCUGGCACACUGGCGAUCCUUCGGCAUAGCCUGUCACGCGCCGUCCAUUCUCUUCUUCCUGUAUUGGUGGUACCUGCCGGAAUCGCCCCGCUGGCUGCUGUCCAUGGGGCGCGUGGAGGAGUGCGAAGCCAUCAUGAGGAAGGUCGCCGCCACCAACGGCAGGGCGCUGCCUUCGAACCUGCGGGGGCUGCUGGAGGAGGCGAGGACGGACGAGAAGAAGACGGCGUCGAUGAGAGACCUCCUCAGACACAGCAGCCUCAGGAAGCAUUUGGUCAUCACUUCAAUCUGCAUAGUGAUCUUCUGCGUGGUCUACUCGGGCAUCAUGCUCAACCUGCACAACAUGGCGGGCAGCGAACUGGUCAAUUUCCUGGUCCUUUCUGUCGUGGAAGUGCCCGGGAAUGUGGUCGGCGGGCUGUCGGCGCACUACUUCGGGCGCCGGCUGACUUCGGGGCUGACGCUCGCUGUCACGGCCGUGUUCUCGGGCCUCGCCGCCACGGCCAUCACGGAUCGAUGGCUCCUCGUGGCCUUCUGCGGGCUGGCCAAGGUCUUCGUGACGGCGGCGGUGCUGGUGGUCUACAUGCAGAUCGGCGAGCUGUUCCCGACGGCGCUGCGCUCCCUCUCGUACGGCACCACCACCGUCGCCGGCCUGAGCGCCACGGUGUUUGUGCCGGCCCUGGUGUCCGUGGGCGCCACUGACCGAAAACUCCCAUACUACAUCCUGUGCGGACUCUGCAUCUUCGGUGCGGCUGUCAGCACCCUCCUGCCGGAGACCCUUGGCCGACCCCUCCCACAGACAGUCCACCAGGCGAACCGCAUAGGGCAAGACGAGUCCUUCUGGUCCAUCACCACCCACUGGACUCGGCAGAAGUAUGUUCCGAUUGGGGAGGCCGCGGGCAAGGUGGCACGCAACGGGACGCCGAGCGUGGCAGCCGAGACGGGGAUCUGAAGAGUCGGCGUCCUUGACGGUUCGGGUGCCAGGUCCGUGCGUGCAAGGAGGCAGGUUGUGGGGACAGAGCAAAGGCCAAUGAAAGGAAACCGAAGCUGAAACUAACACAAGUGGAGAAAGUGAAGGAAAGAUAACAAAGAAAGAGAGAGAGAGA